UACCAAUUGUGUGAUCUGAACUUGAUGAUGACAUGAAACUCUUGGCAACAUCUUCUGAUGAUACGUUGUUUCGAAACAUAACAUUCAAGAGUUCCCUAUAGAGAUUCUUAUCAAUCAUUUCAGUUUUUUUCUAUACUUGUUUAUGCAGUUGACGUGUGAGGGUUUGAAUAGGUUUCAUUUUGGGUCAUUCAAACACUAUGAAUACCUUGUAAGGAUUAUAGAGAGUGGUUCAAAGCGCUUGUGCCGUGCUUGGCCAGACUCCAAUUAAUAUUCUAACGUGUUUUUGCAGAUCGAGGAAGAGUUACAGUAAGAUUGUCUUGACUGUUAUGGGUAAUUGUGUAUGUUCUAGAGAGAUAUCUGCCUCUGCAAAGAAUUCAAUUAUCAGUACCAAGGAAAUCGAGCGAAUAGAGGAGGAUCGCAUAAGCCAUCUACCAGACGAGGUCUUGGGCCACAUUAUAACAUUUUUGACAUUAAGAGAAGCAGUGAGAACUAGUGCAUUAUCGCGAAGGUGGAAGUAUGUUUGGAGGACAUCAGUUUCAGAUCUUGAUUUUGAUGCUAAGAACAUGCUUGGAACCCAGAAUCAUCCAAUACAUGGGCAAGAAAUAACAUCCAAAUUUAUAAGAGUGGUUGAUCAAACCUUGAAGCUUCUUCAGGAUUUUAAGGUUGAAAGGUUUAGAAUCUGCUGUGACUUGGAUAACAGGCAUGGGUCUAUUCUUCACAGAUGGGUCAAGUCAGCAAUAAUAUCAGGGACCAAAGAACUUCAUCUUGACUUGUAUCCCAGGCCAGAUUAUCAGCUUUACAGCCUUCCCUCUGGGCUUCUUGGUAGUGGGAAAAAAUCCUCCUUGAAACACUUGCAUUUGACUUUUUGCACCUUGAACAUCUUGAGGCCUUACCCUAGUUUUGAAGGUUUUGAAUCACUUACCACCCUCUCCCUGAAACAUGUAUUUCUAACUGAGGAAGAUGUGGGGGAUCUAUUGUGCCAUUGUUCUCUCCUUGAAUGUCUAAAGUUGGCUGAAUGCAUGAAUCUAGUGAUUCUAAGGAUCUUCAGUCCAUCCCUCAAGUAUCUUGGAGUGAAUGAACUUUCUGAUUUGGUUGAAAUCAAGCUAUGUGCUACAAGUCUUGUCACAUUUGAGUUCACAGGGCACAUGGUAAAUUUCUGCUUUGUAAAUGUUCCAUUACUAAUAACUGUGAUGCUCCAUAUUGUGGGCUUCAACAACUCGGAUGCAGCUCCCAUUGCUCUUACAACAUUUCCAGCCCAUCUCCCUCAACUUGAGAAUUUAGUCAUUUACAACACCAAGCUUUAUUUUGAGACAGUGUUUCCAUCAGAAAGUUUACCAACUUAUACUAACCUUACUCGGUUAGUGAUGGUUGCUAAAGUGCCAGAAAUGGAUUUUUUCUUCUGGAUUGUUACCUUUAUGAAGGUUUCUCCUUUCUUGAAGACACUCCAACUCCAUCUGUGUCACUUAAAAGAUGAAUCUGAAACAAGAGAAAUUAUCAGGGUUUCCAACAUCCCUCAUAGAUACCUGAAGUUCCUUGAGGUAAAUGGAUUCGCUGGAUAUCAAGAACAAAUUGACAUGAUAACUUACAUUCUUAAAAAUGCUAUUGCACUUGAGUCAGUGUUGAUUGACCCUCGUCCUAGAUUCUAUCUUGGAAAUGGCAAAUGGAAGACCCAUAAUAACCAAUGGUUCAUGCCUACCAGAGAAAGAAAGCGGAUAUAUGAGUUGCUUCUUCAAGAAUUUCAGACUGUAGGUGCUCAGCUUACAAUUCUGUAAAUCUUGCUUAUUGAUCAUCUUUCUUUUAAUUAUAGCAAGUAUUGCUUGGAGUUGAGAAUUAGCUAAAAGUUUAUAUUAGAGUUGUAAUUAUUGACUGGAAAUUGUUUUUUAUGUUUUAAGAAAUUGCAGCACAUUUGAUUGAA